GGAGGUAUAGCUUGCUGGAGUGCAAUUUCUCUAAUCUACCAGAAGGUGGCACUCACAAGUCUUGGUGCCAGGUCAGCCUGAGACUUCCCUUCCCUGGGCUGUGAGCCCAGCAUAAGACCACUGAGCCUGAGCCGAGAAGCUCACUGCAGAGGGGUCCUCAGUACCCUGAGUCUGACUUCAUGCCUGGCAACUCGCACAGGGCUGGGAGAAUUCAGGGAGUCUUCCAGCGCUGAAAUGCUGUGACCAAGAGAGGCAGGAGCAUUCACAUUCCAGGUAUGUGAGCUCUGCCAUCCACCCUGCAGCCCUGGAACCCCCUAAACCUGAGCUUAAUUAUGACCUGGGAAGAGGAUGGAAGACACUGAUUCCUUUGGAGCAUGUGGGGAGCUAAAGCUGGUCACCAGAGCAGAGGCUGCCACACUUCCUUCCUGGCUCCUGAUGACCUCCUGGGGAAGAUGCCAGUCUCCAGAGAAAGGCUCAGUGGCCCUCCCCCGGGCGGCGGUGCCCCCUGGCACCUUCGAAAUGUCCUCGGCGACUCAGUGGAGAGCUCAGAUGAUGAAUUCUUUGAUGCUAGAGAGGAGAUGGCUGAAGGGAAGAAUGCCAUCCUCAUUGGGAUGAGCCAGUGGAAUUCAAAUGACCUGGUGGAGCAGAUCGAGACUAUGGGGAAACUGGAGGAGCAUCAAGGAGAAGGGACUGCACCCUGCACAUCCAGCAUCCUCCAGGAGAAGCAGCGAGAACUGUAUCGGGUUUCCUUGAGAAGACAGAGGUUCCCAGCCCAGGGAAGCAUCGAGAUUCACGAUGACAGUGAGGAAGGCUGUCCGCAGCGCUCCUGCAAGACGCACGUCCUCCUGCUUGUGCUGCACGGGGGGAACAUCUUGGACACAGGCUCGGGGGACCCAUCGUGCAAGGUGGCCGACAUCCACACCUUUAGCUCCGUGCUGGAGAAGGUCACUCGUGCCCAUUUCCCCGCUGCACUGGGCCACAUCCUCAUCAAGUUCGUCCCCUGUCCUGCCAUCUGCUCUGAGGCUUUCUCCCUCGUCUCUCACCUGAACCCCUACAGCCAUGACGAGGGCUGCCUCAGCAACAGCCAGGACCACGUCCCUCUAGCUGCCCUGCCCCUGUUGGCCAUCUCCUCCCCGCAGUACCAGGAUGCUGUCACCACCGUCAUUGAGCGUACCAACCAGGUCUAUGGAGAGUUCCUCAAGUCUCCGGAUGGGAUUGGCUUCAGUGGGCAGGUGUGUCUCAUCGGGGACUGUGUGGGGGGCCUCCUGGCCUUCGAUGCCAUCUGCUACAGCGCGGGUCCCUCGGGUGACAGCCCUGGCAGCAGCAGCCGGAAGGGAAGCAUCAGCAGCACCCAGGACACCCCUCUCGUGGUGGAGGAAGAUUGCAGUCUGGCCAGCAGCAAGCGUCUCAGCAAAAGCAACAUAGACAUCUCCAGCGUGUUGGAGGAUGAGGAGCCCAAGAGGCUGUUGCCACGGAAACAGAGUGACUCCUCCACCUAUGACUGCGAGGCCAUCACCCAGCAUCAUGCCUUCCUGUCGAGCAUCCACUCGAAUGUGCUGAAGGACGAGGCUGAGCUCCCCGUGGCUGGGGGACCCCAGCUCCCCGAAGUCAGCCUGGGGCGCUUUGACUUCGAUGUGUCCGACUUCUUCCUCUUCGGCUCGCCCCUGGGUCUGGUCCUGGCCAUGCGGAGGACGGUGCUGCCUGGGCUGGACGGUUUCCAGGUGCGCCCUGCCUGCAGCCAGGUGUACAGUUUCUUCCACUGUGCAGACCCUUCCGCCUCAAGACUUGAGCCGCUGCUGGAGCCCAAGUUCCACCUGGUGCCGCCUGUCAGCGUGCCGCGCUACCAGAGGUUCCCACUGGGUGACGGACAGUCCCUCCUCCUCGCGGAUGCCCUGCACACCAACAGCUCUCUCUUCCUGGAGGGCAGCUCCUGGGGCAGCCCACCCCUUCUGGAUGCCCCCGCCUCACCCCCCCGUGCCCCGAGGACCCAGCAGCCUGGGCGGAGGCUGAGUGAGGGCAGCUCCCACAGCGAGAGCUCCGGGUCCUCGGACAGCCUGGCACCUGUGGGUGCCUCCCGCAUCACAGCCAAGUGGUGGGGUGCCAAGCGGAUCGACUAUGCCCUGCACUGCCCUGAUGUCCUCACAGCCUUCCCCACUGCAGCCCUGCCCCACCUCUUCCAUGCCAGCUACUGGGAGUCCACGGACGUGGUCGCCUUCAUCCUGAGACAGGUGAUGCGCUAUGAGAGUGUGAGUGUCAAGGAGAGCACUGGCUUGGAUCCUGCUGCGCUGAGUCCGGAGAACCCCCGGGAGAAGUGGCUUCGUAAGAGGACGCAGGUCAAGCUGCGGAAUGUCACUGCUAACCACCGGGCCAACGAUGUGAUUGCUGCCGAAGACGGCCCCCAGGUCCUGGUGGGGCGGUUCAUGUAUGGACCUCUCGACAUGGUUGCUCUGACUGGAGAGAAGGUGGACAUCCUGGUGAUGGCUGAGCCAUCCUCAGGCCGCUGGGUGCACCUGGACACGGAGAUCACCAACAGCAGUGGCCGAAUCACAUAUAGUGUGCCACGGCCCCGGCGCCUGGGAGUUGGCGUCUACCCUGUGAAGAUGGUCGUCAGGGGCGACCAGACCUGUGCGAUGAGCUACCUCACGGUGCUGCCCCGGGGCAUGGAGUGUGUCGUGUUCAGCAUUGAUGGGUCCUUCGCGGCCAGCGUGUCUAUCAUGGGCAGUGACCCCAAGGUUCGGCCGGGUGCAGUGGAUGUUGUCCGGCACUGGCAGGACCUGGGCUACAUGAUCCUCUACAUCACGGGGCGGCCGGACAUGCAGAAGCAGCGGGUGGUGUCGUGGCUCUCCCAGCACAACUUCCCACAGGGCAUGAUCUUCUUCUCGGAUGGGCUGGUGCACGACCCGCUGCGGCAGAAGGCCAUCUUCCUCCGCAACCUGGUGCAGGAGUGCUUCAUCAAAAUCAGUGCAGCCUAUGGCUCCACAAAGGACAUCUCUGUCUACAGCGUGCUAGGCCUGCCACCCUCCCAGAUCUUCAUUGUGGGCCGGCCCACCAAGAAGUACCAAAACCAGUGCCAGUUCCUGAGCGAAGGCUACGCCGCGCACCUGGCGGCGCUGGAGGCCAGCCACCGCUCGCGCCCGAAGAAGAACAACCCGCGCCUGAUCCUGCGCAAGGGCAGCUUCGGCCUGCACGCGCAGCCCGAGUUCCUGCGGAAGCGCAGCCACCUGCGCAGGACCCUGUCGGUGCAGCAGCCCGACCCGCCCGCCGCCAACCCCAAGCCCGAGCGAGCGCAGAGCCAGCCCGAGUCCGACAAGGACCACGAGCGGCCCCUGUCGGCGCUCAGCUGGGUGCGGGGGCCCCCCAAGUUCGAGUCGGUGCCCUGAGAGGCGAGGCGUAUUCAGGUCGGGGGGGCGCACCAGGCUGCCUUGAGGGGGCUGUCUGCGGGAACGGGGAGGAGCUGCCUUCUCCCCGACGCAGGCGUUUUCCUGCUUUUUCCCUCCCGUGUCUGUCCAGCAGUAUCCGACCAGAGGGGUGGGGGGCACCCUGCCCAGCCUUGGGGUUCUCCCUGGGCUGCCUGGGGACGAGAUCUGAGGGUCUCAGUGCAGCCUCUGCUGCCUCCCCCAUGCCUAUGACAGCAAGGCCAGGUCAGGGCUGAGUGUUGGAGAAUCCUGGGGGAAAGGCCUGCCCAGAACUGCGGUGUUUGGGCAAGGUCGACCGUCUUUGAGUUCCAGAGGCUGCAGCAGGGAUGCCAAGGCAGGCCCUGAAAGGAGAAGCCUCCAGAUCCAUGAUCAGCAGCCGUUUGCAGGCACAGCUUCUGGGCUGUCUUGUGUGAGGGGCGAGUGGCAUUUGUGCCCACCCUCCUUGUGGCAUUCUGGGAUACCAGUGUGGGUCUGGCUCUCUUAUAGCAAAGUGACCACUUUCUGGGAGUGAGAGGACACCCCUGGGGUGCCUCCUCGUGGUCACAUGUCUCUGUCCACGGCCCUGGGGCCCCUGGUGCUGAUGGACUGUCCUGCUGUCCACUGUCUGCCCUUCUUGCCCUCAGUGUCCUCACCAUCUCCCCAUGGCCCCCGAGGACAGACUCUUCCUGGAGUCUUGCCUGGUGCCCUCCCUGGGAGGCUGCAGCUGGGGCUGUGGCCCAGCUGGGCUGGCUGUGAGCUUCCAGCCAUUGCUCACUCUCUUAGGCCUGCCCCUCCUUCUGUAACUGGAGGGGCUUCCCCAGCUGAAAUGGGUGGGAGAUUUUUGAUUCCUAGACCCCACUGUCUUGCACUUCUGCCCCCUGAGGCUCUUCAGGCCUCAGGGUCCCUUGGGGUGUCCAGUGAUCCACAUUUUUGACACAGCCUGAGAGAGGAGUCUUGGGUGGGCCAGGAGGGAGGUGCUGUUGUCCCACCACCUUAAAGGGAUACUUCCUCCCUGGAGAGUUGACAGUGGGAUAGUGGGUGUGCCUGGCACUGAUGUCUGAACUGGGUGUCCCAGAAACAGAAACACCCCCAAAGGGUACUGAGACACCCCCAAAGUGUAAUGAUAUGGCCCCCCCUCCCAGCUCGGCUCAAAAUGACUUCUCCUGUACGGCCCCUGGAAGGCAUAGAGCCGAGACCCUGGGGUUCUGAGGGUUCAUGAUAUUUUGGCUCAAAUUAUUGUAUUCUCUUCCCUUCCUCCUGUCACUCAGCUUGGUUUGUGCCAUUGACCUCCUCCUGGGUUGUCCCCUGAGGUCUGCUAGGCCCUGCUCUCCUAGGUCCCUCGAGGCCUGCCCUGGCCUUUCUGCUGCUGAGCCCCUGGUGGCCUCUGCAUCUCUCCCCUGCUCCCUGGCCCAGGCCCAUAUCCUGCCAUGUGGAGCUGCUCAGGGUUGCCUUAGAGCCCCCGUGGGCUCUCAUUGAGGCUUGCCCCAGCUCUGCCAGCCAGGGCACCCUGUCGGGAGCUGGGCACUCCGGGGCCCAGAUGUCUGUACUCACAGGAGGCACCUGUGUUAGCUCAGUGUUGCUUCUGCUCAAUGUCUACCUCUUGCAGCUCCCAUGCAGCCAACGUCCUCUGUGGCACCGGCUGCUGGUUGUGGGUGCCCUGUUGGGCCUGGAGGGGUCUGGGCUCCCAGCCCCAACCCUGCUCUCACCACUAGAAAUGUGUCUUUUGUAGUCUGCCAGCUCCUGUCACAUUUGCCCAAGCUGUCUGCCAGCAAUUCUGCUCCACUUCCAGCACCACAUCCUAGAUCUGAGCCCAGAGCUGCUGGUGGGUUUGCUUAGGAGGGGCGCUGUCAGCCCCAGCCUUUCUCUCUGGUUCUGCCUCCUGGUGGCUUGCACGUGCCCACCCCCUCUUUAAUGUGUCAUAGUUCUUGGUGCUCCAUAAGGCACCAGCUCGUAUGGCAUAGCCACCUCAACCCUAAUCCUCCCUGCCUUCCAGAUAUACUCUGUGUUGAAUUUGGGCAGACUUAAUCUGAUUCUCUGAAGUUCCAGCAUCUCCUUUUGGCAGAAGCCGCUGAUGUAGUACUCUCAAAUGAUGAUGGACGUGAGAUACUUUGUCCCCAGUUAAACUUCCACUCCCCUGAGAACCCCAGGAGGGGAGCAAGUGAUUGUGCCUGUGUCUGAAGAAUUUGGAGUCGAGUGAGCAGGGUUCCGUGGUUCCGGGGGGUGGGAGCUGGGAUGCAGGACAUGGCAGGAGGGCCACCACCCCUUCCUUGCCAGGGCCCCCAUUUGUGGCUCUGACAAUUCCACAUUGGAGAUGCUGAUGGUGGCCAGUGAGCCGUUGUGAACACAACCCCCUCAGAGCUGUAGCUGGUGUGUGGGAAUGUGUGUGUGCGUUUCUGUAUAGUAAUGAAACUCAGACAACUUACGUAUCUGUACUGCUUUCAUGGCAACUAUGUAACCAAUAUGCACUUUCUAUCCUAGUGGUUUGUUCAGUUUUGUUGUCCAGUUAAGUUGGAGAAAAAAGAAGCAAGUCGUGUUGUUCUCUGGAGGGGGUGCUAUUGCCUCUCCCUGAGUAGUUCUGUGAACCCCAAUCCGACUGUUUUUCUAGAGAAUCCUUCCAGCUCCUGGUGUGCCUGCUCUCCAGCAGCUGGAAAACAGCUUCCCGCCUGACCAAAGCUCCUUGUUUCUUGUGUGGCAUGUUUGUUCUCCCUGCUCUGGCAGGCUGCCUCCCUCUCACCGUUUGCCCUGUUGGGGGUUCAGGGUGUGUUCUUAGCCAGGGCCUGCUCCUCUGGCACCACAGCAUUUUUCUAAAGAGCCCGACUUCUCCCUUAGGCUCUGCAAAAUAUCAAAAACAAAAAACAAAAAACAAAAAACCCACAUAGACUCCUUUCAUGCAUUUGGAUGACUUGCCCCCUCUGGGUAAUGAGCCUCAGAAAACAAAUCUGUUUGAACCUCAGUAAUCCAGAGCCUUCUGGGCAUGGACUUUCAGAGGGGAGGCUGGACUGAAUGGUUUCUCUGGAGUCCACAGGCCCAUGCCCAGGAAGUGACCUGCAGGCAAAGAGAGGCACCAAUUUUCACCUGGAAGCCAGACCCUGAGGCAGAUAGAAAUCGGUCCAGAGGUGGCACUGGUUUUCCAUCAACAGUAGCCCAUCCAGCUAAGGUGCAGGAGAGGACUACUAAAGCAGGCUGAGCCUCUGCAGCUGACCCCGCCUUAAGCAACCAACUUUCCCGCCGGAUCCUGGGGGUUUGGGUGCCAAGUGCUCUAGAAACCUAUUAUCUUUGGCUCAGCCAAAAGAAAUAUCCCUUCUUUUCCUUGCCUUCUGGAGCUUGGGAAAACUUUCUUAAAUCCAAGCAGUGAGGCCUGGUCCAGGCUCUGUUCUUGCUGAGAAACAAGCAGGGCAGUUGGGAGGAAAGUCAGUUUGACUUCACCCUCUUUGGGAUAAAGAGAUGCAGGUGACACCAAGGAGGGGCAGGGCAGAGGAGGGCAGCUUGCUCCCGGGACCCCCACCCUCGGACUCUGCUGUCCUUUUGUAUUUGUUUAAUUGGUGGUAGCAGCCAGCCCGGCCUUGUCUGUGGUCUGACCGUUCCUAAGCGUGUAACUCAGUAUCGUCUGUGGUAGGCUGGUUCUGUGGCGAAAAAGGUUUAUUCUAUUCCUUAUGGAUGCCUUGUACAAAAUCCGUUAGAAAAGAAAAUGUAAAAUAUCAGAUUUCUAACAAGACAAAAAAACAAAACAAAACACUAUGUAGUUAAAAGAUUUUUACAACUGGUCUUGAUUUUGAUGUGAGCUGGUUUUUAACUCUCAAGCAUUGUCACUUAAAUAAAAAACCUGAUUUGCCU